GCGACGGAGCGCUCGACAGAUUGACAAGUAAGGUCUGCUAUUUGAUUUCCCGCGAAAUAGACGUAGUUCCUCGCGCCUGAAACGCCAGAGCGAUUUGGCAUAAACAAGAGCUUAACUGCAAACUGAUCCUCUACCAUCAUGGGAAUACACGGACUCGCCAAGCUAAUUGCUGACCAGGCUCCUGGAGCCAUUAAAGAGCAAGACAUCAAGAACUACUUUGGCCGGAAAAUUGCUAUAGAUGCCUCCAUGUGCAUCUACCAGUUCCUGAUCGCUGUACGGCAGGACGGCAAUGUUCUGCAGAAUGAAGAUGGAGAGACGACAAGCCACCUAAUGGGAAUGUUCUACCGCACAAUCCGCAUGUUGGAGCAUGGCAUCAAACCUGUGUAUGUGUUCGAUGGGAAGCCGCCACAGCUCAAGGGAGGAGAACUUGAGAAGAGAGGCGAGAGGAGAGCAGAAGCUGAGAAGUUGCUCGCUCAAGCACAGGAGAUGGGGGAACAAGAGAAUAUUGACAAAUUCACCAAGCGUCUGGUUAAAGUCACCAAGCAGCAUAAUGAUGAGUGCAAGAAGCUGCUGACCAUGAUGGGUGUGCCUUACAUCGAGGCUCCAUGUGAGGCCGAGGCCACCUGUGCUGCUCUGGUUAAAUCAGGGAAGGUCUUUGCCACGGCAACGGAAGAUAUGGAUGGACUGACCUUUGGGACAAAUGUCCUGCUCAGACAUCUCACCGCCAGUGAAGCAAAAAAACUUCCUAUUCAAGAGUUCCACUUCAACCGUGUCCUGCAGGACAUCGGUCUGACCAAUGAACAGUUCAUAGACUUGUGUAUUCUGCUGGGCUGCGACUACUGCGGCACCAUCAAGGGCAUCGGACCAAAGAGGGCGAUCGACCUGAUCAGACAGCAUGGCUGCAUCGAGGAGAUCCUAGAAAACAUUGACUCCAGCAAGCACCCUCCUCCAGAUGACUGGCUGUACAAAGAAGCCAGGGGUUUGUUCUUGGAGCCGGAAGUGGUGGAUUGUUCCACGGUGGAGCUGAAGUGGAAUGAGCCGGAUGAAGAGGCACUGAUCCAGUUCAUGUGUAGUGAGAAACAGUUCAGUGAGGACAGGAUCCGUAACGGCUGUAAGAAGAUUGUGAAGAGCAGACAGGGCAGCACACAGGGACGACUGGACUCUUUCUUCUCUGUGACUGGGUCUCUAUCCUCCAAACGAAAGGAACCGGAGAUUAAAGGAUCAGCCAAGAAAAAGCAGAAAACUGGAGCCACGCCAGGGAAAUUCAGGAAGAGCAAAUAGACCGAACACAGGAGAUCGUUUGAUUCCUCUAAAGAGCUUUAGUAGUGUUGAAAUACUUGCUUAAAAAAAAAAGACACUGUUCCCUCCAUUUGAGGAAGCAACAAGCUGCAGCAUUUGAAGGUUUGUUUCGUUUCUCAGCUUAAGACUUGGCUUAACUAAUAAACGAAAUCCAAGCCGAGUGUGUUUGUUUUAAAGACCGUUUAAAUAUUUUAGUGUUCUGAAAUAAAGUUUUUUUUUUUUAUUUUGUAGAGAAA